AUGCAUGGCGUUCUGCUGCAGGACAAGGACAGUGACGGAGAGCCGCAGCUGGAGCCACACAAGGUGCAGCGUGAGGAGAGCGAGGACGCGGGGGUGGACCUGGUCUACGCCCUAAACGACCGGCCGCCCUGGUACCUCUGCAUCCUGUUGGGCUUCCAGCACUACGUCCUGGCGUUCGGAGGGAUCAUCGCUGUUCCACUGAUUUUGGCCGAACCGCUUUGCAUCAAGGACAACAAUGUGGCGAAGAGUCAGCUCAUCUCCACCAUCUUCUUUGUGUCCGGUCUCGCCACUCUGCUGCAGACCACUGUCGGGACGAGAUUGCCGAUCCUCCAGGGGGGUACCUUCAGCUUCAUCACCCCCACACUCGCCAUCCUCGCUCUGCCCAAGUGGAAGUGUCCGGAGCCCCUGGACCCACUCACCGGAGCCGCGACCAACGGGACCCAACAUCAUGACGACGAAGUGUGGAUGUCCCGCAUGAGAGAGAUCCAGGGAGCCAUCCUGGUCUCCUCCCUUCUGCAGAUCUUCCUGGGUUUCUCUGGGCUGGUCGGGUUUGUGCUGAAGUACAUCGGACCGCUGGCCAUUGCUCCCACCAUCAACCUGAUCGGCCUGUCACUCUUCAUCGAGGCAGGGAAGAAGUCUGGCGGACACUGGGGCAUCGCUGCGCUGACGGUGUGUCUGAUCCUGCUCUUCUCUCAGUACUUAAGUAAAGUGGACGUCCCCAUGAUCACAUACAAGGACAAGAAGUGGAAGGUGUUCCAGUAUCCGCUCUUCAAACUCUUCUCCGCGCUCUUCGGUAUGUGUGGCGCGUGGCUGUUGUGUUUCCUGCUCACCGUGUCUCAGGUGUUUCCCUCCAAACCGGAGGAGUACGGCUACUCGGCCCGGACCGACAUCAGCUUGGACGCAGUCUCCAACUCACCCUGGUUCCAUGUGCCCUACCCAGGUCAAUGGGGCUUGCCGACCGUCAGCGUGUCCUCAGUCCUGGGCAUGAUGGCUGGAGUCUUGGCGUCCACCAUGGAGUCCAUCGGGGAUUACUACGCCUGCGCACGGCUCUCUGGCGCCCCCCCUCCGCCCACACACGCCAUCAAUAGGGGCAUCGCAGUGGAGGGAAUCGGCUGCAUCUUGGCCGGGCUCUGGGGCACGGGUAACGGGACCACCUCCUACAGCCAGAACAUCGCCGCACUGGGCAUCACCAAGGUCGGCAGCCGCUUGGUCUUGCAGGCGACCGGACUUCUCAUGAUCGUUUUGGGAAUAUUCGGGAAGUUUGGAGCAGUUUUUAUCACUAUUCCAGACCCCGUGAUCGGAGGAAUGUUCUUAGUCAUGUUCGGAAUGAUCGCCGCGGUGGGGAUUUCCAACCUCCAGUACGUGGAUCUGAAUUCGUCCCGGAACCUGCUCAUCCUGGGCUUCUCCACUUUCAGUGGCCUGGUGCUGCCCACAUGGUUCCACUCCAACCCUGGCAUCAUCAACACAGGGGUGAAGGAGCUGGACCAGGUCAUUGUGGUCCUCUUCACCACACACAUGUUCAUCGGAGGAUUCUUUGGCUUCGUCCUGGACAACACCAUCCCAGGCACAGAUAAGGAGCGUGGCAUUAAGAAGUGGCGGGACAGUGUGGGGCUGGUUCUCACGGACGACUGCAGCGACGUCUCUUGUUACGACAUUCCUCUGUGUGGAGGAGUCCUCAGGCGCUUCCCGAUGCUCCAGCUCCUGCCCUUCCUGCCCUCCUACAAGCACCGGCCCUGCUCCAGCGACAAGGAGCAAAUCUGA